AUGUCGUCCCCGGAAGAACAAAGCACCGCGAAUUCCCGGCGGAUACGAAGCCGCAUUGCGCAACAAGCAUAUCGGAAACGACACAAAGAGAAAUUCGAUUCCUCGCAAAAGCGAGCACAAGAUUUACAAGUUGCAGCCCAGCGCGCUUGCACAGUGUUCACGGACUUAACAAGUGCCCUCAUCCGGUCCGGGGUAAUUCCAAAAGACACAAACCUUAGCACAGAAGUCUUAAACGCGAUAAAAGAAUUUCGUCAUGUAGCGAAAGUUGUGGACGGGGAGAAUCGACAGUCUGGACCAGGGGAUGUGGAUCAACCGCCAGAAGAUCUCGACAAUCCAAACGCGAGGGAAGCAAUGCCAUCUGACGAUCACAUGGAUUCAGCAAUGACGGAUGUUAUACAACUCGACCAAGACCAAGAAAAGGGCAAAAAUAUUAUUCACAUUGGAAGCGAGUCUACUUCCACCCAUCACCAACUCGACCAAAAUGCUUACCCACAAGGGCUACAACCACCCAGCGACCGGAUCUUGAUUUCGCCAUCCUAUUUUGCUCUGGAGUUUGCAAUCAAAGGAGAACCUUCUUCUAUUGGAUCGCGUCUUCUUCGUACGACACUGUCGUCUGGAUAUGAAGCUUUAAGAGGGAACUUUGGGUACACUACGGACCUAGGCUUUCGAAUAUUUGGACUCACGUUAUCUUUUCGAAAUCGGGACGAUAUUCUCUCGGAAUUCCAAUGGUGGCUUGGUCCGGGCCAGCUUCUGGCUUCCCGCUUAAAGCAAGCAAGGAACUAUCCCGGCAUUCCAACGAGUGAAACUUAUCUCAGUGUAGAGGAUGUGGUUGUGUUGCUUCAUGACGUUGGAAUAGUCAACUCGCAAGACGACAUCCUCGAGUUUUCCAACUCGUCAAGAUUUCUUCAUAGCCCAAGAGCCAAUGAUGGAUUCAAUCCUUUGACGGAACAUGAGUCUGGCCAGUUCAACACAGACGUGUCCAUAUCACAGAGUUAUUCGACAUCACGCUCGGAGUCAGCAUGGCGUAGAGUGCCGGCCUUGCAGGCAUUCAACUUUAAUUCUCUGAUGAGCAACUUAUCGAAUGAAGAGGACCAUAAAAAAGAGACUCACACACAAGCUUUCCCCAUCACCCAAGAAAACAGACGAAGAGGCAUCCCAAUGUCCAUCCUCCUUCAGAGCCUAGCUAAUAUAUCAGUCUGCUUAUCAAUUGGCCCCGGAUAUCCUCAACAAGCAGUAAAAUCGCUGCUAUACGCAGCCAUAUCCGGGAUUCCUAUGCAAUAA